UUAUUUUCAGGGGAAAUAAUGUCGACCUGCAAGAAAAAGACCAGGAAGCUCCGUGGACAUGUUUCCCACGGUCACGGAAGGAUUGGAAAGCACCGCAAGCAUCCCGGAGGUCGCGGAAAUGCUGGUGGUCAGCAUCAUCACAGGAUCAACUUCGACAAGUACCAUCCCGGAUACUUCGGUAAGGUUGGUAUGAGGAACUUCCACGUCCAUCCCAACAUCUCCAACAACUACUGCCCUGCCAUCAACCUCGACAAACUCUGGUCCCUCGUCUCAGAACAGACCAGGACCAAGUAUGCUGACGUGAAGGACAAGGCACCAGUUAUUGAUUGUUCCAGGGCCGGAUAUUUCAAGGUUUUGGGCAAAGGAGUUCUGCCCAAGCAGCCCGUCAUCGUCAAGGCUCGUUUCUUCUCCCGUGUUGCCGAAGAGAAGAUCAAGGCUGUUGGAGGAGCUUGUGUUCUCACUGCUCAGUAAACAACCUGGAGUUGAAACCUGGAACCUAAACCUUGUCUUAUUUCAGA